AGUGGUGUAAGAGUGUUCUUGCUAAACGGUGUUCGAUACGAGUUUACUUUAGAAAACAUGUGCGCGAAAAUUGUGACAUGCGUUGUACCGGGAAAACGUGAUGUCUGUUUGUGAGCUUAGUUUUAAACGUUUAAAGAGUUAGUAUUAUAGUGAGAAAUGGUUCGUAAUUAAUGUAAUUAAAGUGGCCCGGACUUCACGUAGGGUUAUCUAAGGGUAGAGACUAGGAACUCUUCUAACAUACCAGUCAGGUGGCAAAAACUUCUUUUAAAAAAUCGGUGCUUGUGAUUUUUCUGACUUAGGUAUGUGGAUUCCGGUAUAUACCGGGUUACCGGAUAAAGAAUAGAUAAAAAAGAAAAGUGUGAAUUGUUAGGGAAAGUCCAAUGUAAAGAAAUACAAAGUUUUGCAACACCUACCUAAGUGAACUUUUUGAAAUCUCUUAAGAAGAAAAUAAUAAAUGGUUGUUCAAAAAUAGUUACACAUGCUUACUAGUAGCGCAAUUUGCUGUAAAUCAAGUGAUACAACAAUAAACUGAAGAUCUUCGGUGAUCAACACUCAGUACUUCUAUUAAUAAUCAUCUGAACUUGUAGGAAUAUAAAUAUACCUACUACUGUUUAUAAAACUGUUUAUAAAGGUAUACUCAUUCCCUUGGAAGAAUCUCACCAGGAUUUUUAAUAAAAACAUCAAGUAUCUGCAAUGACGUCAUCAUCUGACCUGAUUCUUUAAGAUUCCAAUGUUGUUUUAACUAAUUCUUCACCUCUCAGUCAAUCAGUUCCGAGAAAGACGCGAGGAAUCCCGCCAAAAUGAUAUUCGUCCAUUUUCUCGAAAUUAGAACGCGCUGAGGUAAUUAGGGCGAAAAAUAAGGAAACAUUUAUUAUUAAAAAUAAUAUUAAGUAUAUGUGAAUGAAUGACUGCGGAUAUCAGUUCCUAUUUUAAAUACCUGUGGAUUUUUCUUGUAAGACGACUUUAUGUAGCCGCGGCAAUGAUUUUAGAAGACGUAUUCGAGUCACAGUUGGAUCGAGAUGUGAUCCUGCGGGAAGGCAGUGCACGAUGGUGCGUGGGUAUGGGCCAGUUGGAAGAGGACUCUGACGACCUUGAGGCGGGGUACAUCUCUAGCGACGAAUCCGCACAUGCUGCAGACCUUGCCGAGAGACUCAGGGUCAAACCUUCUAAGGACAUUUGGGAACUUGAGGAUAUCCGACAAUGCCUGAAUCAGCUACCGUUCGCUGAAGAAAUCUCAGGGUUAUUAGAAGCAGAGGAUAAUGACGAAGUGAUAUCACUAGCUACGAGUACUGGGGGUGGGGAAGGCUUGCGGACCGCGGCUCUGUGGGCUUGUUGGCAAGCCAGGAGCUCCUUGCUAGCUGCACUAUUGAAGCUCGGUGUCGAUCCUAAUGCCACUGAUGACGCUGGCAGGACAUGUCUACAUCUAAGCUGCUUAGUUGGCAGCGAGGAAUGCACUCAUAUGCUUCUGGAGCACAAAGCAGAUCCUAACAGAUGGGAUUCAUCACAAGAUACGAAAGCCACACCGCUUCACUGCGCCGCUAGCGCCAAAAGUUUGGCUUGUGUAAAGGUGUUGAUAGCUUACGGCGCUGACGUCAACGCUGGGUUGAGUGAGAAGUCACCGUUACAUUAUGCAGUGUUGAGUAAUGCCCCGGAAGUCGUAAGCGCAUUGUUAGAAGCAGGCGCCUGCCCAGAUACACCACAGGUUUUCACAGAAACUCCAUUACACGUAGCAGCAACUUUAGGUCUGGCUACAUGUACGAAGCUGCUCCUUGAUGCGGGAGCUGAUGUGAGGGCGGCGAUGGGCCCCGGACGCGCGACAGCGUUACAUUUAGCUGCUGAAGACGGCCAUGCUGAGUGUGCUGAACUACUUCUAGAGCAUGGUGCGAAUAUUGAUUGGCCCAAUCUUAGGGGACAGACACCGCUUCAUUUAGCGGCAUUAGCACAAUCAGUGGAAGUAGUGGAGCUCCUAGUCGGCAGACGAGCUGAUGUGCUUGCGCAGGAUGUGGACGGAAGAACACCAUUGCACGGGUCAAUAGUACGGGGAGCACGAGCGUGCGAUGUAGCGCGUCUUUUGUUGUCUUCGGGGGCUGAUCCAAACGCCCCGGACAACUUCGGGUAUACACCGCUGCAUAUCGCUGCUUUGAACGAGUUCUCUGCUUGUGUGCUCUUGUUGUUAGAUUAUGGCGGAGACGUAACGCUCAGAACAAACGGUGGGGUAUCGGUUCUAGCGUUCAUAGUCCGUAGAGUACCAGACGUGGUGCCAAGAUAUUUGGAAAAAUUCGACGAUGCAGUGCACGUCAGUGAACAUGAAUUAGGAGAUGUGGAUUGCGAACUUACUAUAGACUUCAGACCACUAGUGCCUUGUUUGAGCAGAGGAGAGGCAGAAUUGUUGCUUGCUUUUAUCGAGGUAGGACAUAAGGAAGUUUUAAAGCACCCUUUAGCAGAAACCUUUCUUUUUCUAAAAUGGCGAAGAAUAAGGAAGUUUUUCGUCCUAAGUUUUAUUUAUCAUGCACUGUUCAUCACCCUAUAUAGCUUAUAUAUACUUCUUAUAUUUUCAGAUAUAUUUCUUUGCGAAGAAGUCACCUGUGAUGUGCCGUCUUAUCUUAAACCUGUGCAAGGAUUUAUUCUGCUUCUGAACAUAUGCUUUUUGGGGAAGGAAAUAUUUCAAGCUUGUCUCAAUUGGUCCGCCUAUAUCAGACAGUGGGAAAAUUGGUUACAGCUGAUGAUUAUUCUUGGAGUCUUCCUGUGUACUGUGCCAAACCGAGAUACAGGCGAUGGAAUAAUAACAAAACAUACAUCAGACUGGCAACAUGAUUUCGCUGCUAUCACAAUAUUUUUCUGUUGGUUGGAGCUGAUGAUGAUCAUCGGACGGUUUCCCACAUUCGGACUCUACGUGCAAAUGUUUACCACAGUGACAGUAAACUUCGCAACGUUCCUACUAGCAUACAGUUGCCUUCUCAUCGCGUUUGGCCUGGCAUUCAGCGUUCUCUUCAGCAAUUACCCUGCCUUCCAUCUUCCCGCUGGUCUCGUUAAGACCGUCAUGAUGAUGUCAGGAGAGUUGGAGUAUGAGGACAUAUUCUACAAUAACUGCACAAACUCGCAGAUACAGUAUCCUUUGACAGCGCACGGAAUGUUUCUCAUUUUCGUGCUGCUUGUCACUGUGAUAUUGACGAACUUGCUAGUUGGUUUAGCUGUUAGCGAUAUUCAGGCUCUACAAGAAAGUGCAGGGCUAGACAGACUCGUGCGCAUGACAGAACUGGUGGCGCAUCUAGAGAGCAUGCUCUUCAGUUCCCUGCUGUCCUGUGCGCCGAAGCAACUCAUUUCAGUGUUGCGAUGGGGUGCCUUACUGACUGCUUCUCAUACCAGAACGCUGAAUAUCAGACCCAAUGAUCCGAGGGAGAAUCGGAUUCCUAAAGACCUAAUCGCCUCCGUGUACAAGUUGGUGGCCAGCCGCAAAAAUAGGCGGACGCGGAGUAUUCGCAAGAACAAUAACUAUGAGGUGCGUUUAAAGCAGUGCAAAGAGGAAGAUCCCGUUGAGAAACAGACAGUGGUCAAGCGUAAGAGCAACCUGUUUGACAGAUACUCUUUCGACAGUCAGAAUGUUGAGAGAAGAAAACGGACUACGUCAGGGACCAAUAGACCUAUGUCGCUAACAGUCAAUGCUAUCCAAGACAUCUGCAUGACCGACAUAAAGAACCAACUGGCAGACCUCACAAAGAAGAUUAACAAACUAGUUGAACAUACCGAACUCAGACUAAAUAAUAUUGAAAGCAAAAUGGACAAUGUACCGCCUUGAAUUUACAUUUAUAAUUUAUAUGUAAAUGAUAAUAUUUUUUGGUGUGAUUUAAAUAUCUUUGUACUUAAACCCUUUUUUACUAGUCAUUGUAUGUUUGAGAAUGAUUGUUAUUAAAAUAUACUCAUGGUUAAUGAUAUUAUA